AUGGACUUGUGCUUGAAGGUAGCAAAUCAAGUCCUCCUGGAGGAAGCCAAAAGUAGUAAUGGGUUGAAGAAGAACACUGCCUGCUCUCCAUUCUCCCUCAACGCUUUGCUCAACAUGGCGGUGGCGGGGUCGACGGGCACAACCUUGGAGCAAUUUCUUGGCUUUCUUGGAUCAGAAAGCGUGGAAGAUCUCCACUCCAAGACUUCGACAUUAAUGGGACUUGCAGGAUCUUCAGACGGUCUUCUUCUAUCUACUGUUAAUGGUGCUUGGGUGGAUCAAUCUUUUCCUCUCAAACCUUCUUAUCAACAUCUUGUUCAAACUCUUUACAAGGCUUUAGCCAAAACUGUUGAUUUUCAACACAACGAAAACAAAGAGUUGCAGAGUAUCAAGGAUAAAUUGCCAAUGGAUGGUAUCAAAUGCCUUUCUAAGGUCAAUUUUGAGGAUGAGGUUGUAGCAGGAUAUUGGCCUAUAGUUAUUGACAGUGGUGGGAUUAGGGACUUUGGGAAUAAGUCCAAUGUAAGAGCAAUUGAUUUCAGCAAGCAUUCUUCCUGA